CCAGACCACCAACCAUUGCCAGUCCACAAACAAACACCAGACCACCAACCAUUGCCAGUCCACAAACAAACAGAAGACUGGGAUUCACUGCCAGUCCGCAAACUAAAGACAGACAAGCACAUAUUGUUAGGCAACACAUCAUUUAAACAGCUUGUAAUGCAAGACCCCAAACAAACUGAAGUUCCCCAGCCACGCCAAGAAAACCACUUAUUUUGGGACCACAAACAAACACCAGGAAACCAAUCGUGGCAACAACAGAAACAAUCACCAAACCCUGAACCGUUGCAGGGAAAUGAACCGAUGCGAGUCCUCACAUCAAUACCACUCAAACACAUGCUGCUACUAGUCCCCAAACAAUCACAAGAUGAACCACCAUCGCUAGAAGUUCAACCAUCGGCAGUCCCCAAACAAUCACAAGAUGACCCACCAUCGCUAGAAGUUCAACCAUCGGCAGUCCCCAAACAAUCACAAGAUGACCUACCAUCGCUAGAAGUUCAACCAUCGGCAGUCCCCAAACAAUCACAAGAUGACCUACCAUCGCUAGAAGUUCAACCAUCGGCAGUCCCCAAACAAUCACAAGAUGACCCACCAUCGCUAGAAGUUGAACCAUUGGCAGAUCAAAAACAAUUACCAGACCGAAAACCGUUGCUGGCACACCAAAUGUCACCAGUCCUCAGUGAGACCACAGACAUCCAGCCAUUGCCAGACAGCAAACAAACACCUCAACACCAACCACUGCAGGAUAAACCCUCUCCUGAUAUCAGCCCCUGCUCCUCCUCUGAGAAACCCCAUCAGCCCAGUGUUGUGGUGAAGGCAGUGGCAGACUCUGCCUGUGACAGCAGUGUGCAGCAGGUGACGCCGAGGCAUCAGGAGCCUGCAGAGAACGAGCCCACAUCCACCGUGUCUGAAGACCCAGAGCCUUCAGAGACACCCUCGACACCAGAAGUAUUGGACAGUGACACUGAGGAGCCGAGCUCUUCAAACUGCCAGGACUUCAAACUGAGCCUAUGGCAGCCCAGAGUUUCUCUGGACCGACUGCCUCUCGCUCUGCCCAAACCUGGGGGUCCCCUUCCCAGCUUUCUUCUGGUCCCUGGCGAUGCUGAAGAUGAGUUUUAUCUGGAAGAACUGAGCGAGGACUCUGAGUCGCAUGAUGAUGACAUCACAGAUGACGACUCAAAGCCACUGUCGCACGAUGAUGACAUCAAAGAUGACGACUCAAAGCCACAGUCGCACAAUGAUGACAUCACAGAUGACGAAUCAAAGCCACUGUCGCACGAUGAUGACGUCACAGAUGAUGACGUCACAGAUGAUGACGUCACAGAUGACGACUCAAAGCCACAGUCGCAUGAUGAUGACUUCACAGUUUGCUACACAGAGCCGCUGUCGUCCCCAGACUCUCCUCCGACCCUGCAGACCGUCAGCUGCUCUGCCUGCGGAUCGGCCAACGGGUCGAUCAUCUGCUCGGCGUGCGGUCGAGGAUACCACCGAGACUGUCACGUUCCCACCGUUGGAUGUGACAUCUGGAUGGAGUGGACCUGUUCACUGUGUCAGGACCUGAGUGACCCCUCAGACCCCCACAGCUGGGACAGACCACAGAGAGCUGAGAAUCUCAGUCUGCAGGACCAGAAGAGGUGUGAGAGUCUGCUGCUCUACCUGAAGGUCGAAGGCUGCUCUUUACUUUCUAAGAUGGAUUGGGUGUGGUCUCGUCUGAAGACGAUGUCCGAGCGCCUGACUCGGCGGCGCCACCCGGAGUACGAGGCGUCUGCAGAGCUGAUCUACGACGUCUGGAGGCUCUUGCAAGACGCAGCACGGGUACGAACAACGGCAACAUCAAAGGACGAUGACAGCGUAAACACACUGAUGGAGAAUUUUAAGAACAAGGUGACGGAAGCUUUCAGCUCCGAUCUUAAUAGUCCAAGGCGCCGCGCACACACCCAGCACGCUGUGAUGUCACAGACGGAGCAGGUGUCUGAGGGGUCAGAGGUCAUUGAGGUGGUCGACGAUGAGUGUGAGCUGAAGAACGCGAGGAAGAGGCUCGGGGAUUUCUCCGACCUGAAUGAAGUCAAGAAGAGGAAGACGGACAACAUGACUUUACCUCCUUCAAGGUCAAAACAAACGCCACCCAGUGGCUUCAUCAGCUGAGGCAUUCUGGGAGUUGAAGUUCAGUCAGUGUUAAACCUUUGACAGGAGAGACGAGACUUUUUAAACGUCACAGUUUUGAUGUUUGCAGGUCAUUCAAAAAACGUUUUUUAUCAGCUGAUGCACGAACUUUAUCGACAAAGAUUCAGGCUCGCCAGCUGAGUCAUCAGACUCACACGUGCAUGUUUGUUUUUCAUUUCUUUUUGUACUUGAAUAAUUUUGUGUAAUAAACAACCUGUUGUCAUA